AUGCCCGCACAUCCACACACAACUUCAACCACAACCGCCCCGGCUCCGGCUACGGGUACGGGCACAGACAUCAAUAAGACGAGCCACGGAACACGGGAAACCGGGUUCCCCGAGCCACUAUCGUUGGAACGCAACACCACCCUCCCGCACCAAGAGGCGCAGACGGCACCGCACGAAGAGCUCGACACGGCGGUGAUAACAGGGAAGCACCACCGGCACCGGCCGCACGUGCGGCACCACCACAACAGGGAGAAGGCGGAGCGCGCGCAGGCGGAGAUGUAUUCGGGGCUGCGGGUGGAGGAGAAUGUUGAUGCCGAGGGCAAAGGGAAGGGCGUGGUGAAGAGGGUGUUGGGGAGGUUGAGUUGUGGGGCGAUAUAG